GAUGCCCGUUUCCCAGAGCUUGCCAGCCUCGGUUUCAUUCAGCGCUGCCGGCUGGGCCCGGGAGCAUUGGCAGCUGGGUGGCGAGUGCUACCCUCCCUUGCCAAUCCUCCCGGGGGCUCCGCCUUUCCCCCUGCACCCCAGUAGCCGGUAUUAGGAGGUGGAAACCCUCGGGAAGGUCCCAGCCUCGGAGGAGCCUGACACCAGCGGUCACUGUCUGGCAUGGGCUGUGUCGGAGUCUCCAGCUAGAGGCAUCGGGGACUUUUGCUGCUGCCCAGGGUAGGAUCGGCUCGGUCGGUCCCAAAGCCAAGGAGUGGAUGCCACAGGAUGGCAAGCGUUUGGGAGGCCGGACUGUAAAAAAUGAGAAGGAUUGUGUGUCCCGGAGAACACUUGCCUUUGAUUAAGGGGGGGGGGGUUGUCUCAGUCUUCUCCUGCUUCCCCUCUAGCUGCCCUGGGAGAAGCUGCCUUCCCCUUCCCCGGUGCCUGUGCCAUUGGAUGCUUUUCCUGGGUUAGUUUUUAAAGAGCGAUCUUAAAGACACAGGACGGGCGUUCCCGUACCCAUGCAUUGUGGCAGACCUGCUGUUUGAACAGGACCAAUCCAAGCCUCCGUCUCUCUAGGGGACUGGUCCCCCACAGGGAGUCCAGCUCGGUAGAGAACCCUGUCCCGUCUGUCCUCUCUGACUGGAGACAAGUCCCUCCUGGAAGUUGCUCGGGACAGAACGCCUCGCGCCCCUUUUCAUUAGCGGCCAAUACAAUCGGGUCAGCAAAUCCAAAUGAUCCCGUUGGAUUCCGGGUCUCCGACCUCCAUCCCAGCCCCCUCACUGGAAAGGAGAAACCGAUCCAGCUGCUCGGAAGGCCAGGGUAAUUUAAGUGACUUUGCAUUUGCCUGCUAAAGAGAACCGAGAAUCACGGUUUUCCAUCUUUCCCCUGAACUGGGCGAGUCUUAGAACCCCCAGCCACUGUGGAGAAGCUUCUCUGUUUCUGAAAAGCCAAGAAAUUAACAUUUUGCAGGAAGUGAAACUGAGACCCAGCUGAGGAACCACCCAAUCUCUGAAGGCUCCGUCUGAAAGUAUGAGAGCAGUCUUUGUCACAAUCGCCGGCCCAUGGUUUUGGAGUGAUGAGGAUGUAAGCAGGGACAGCUCUCAGUUCCUCUUGGUCAGGAGCCUCCUCUGAGCUACUUGGGCCUGAGGGACCACCAUGCCUGGAGAGAGAGAAUCCAUUCCUGCGGGUCCCAGGACUGCCAUUCCCUUCUAGCCCUGCCUCCCCCCAGUAUCAUGAAGGGAGAGACACAGCAUGUCUAUUCCAUCAAGGAUCCCGAGCCCAGCUCCAAAGAGCAAGACAAAGACUUUGAAUGUCAUGGUAGUUUGGAAGGAGGGGAACUCAACAGGUCCCAGUCUGAUGGACUGCCCAAGGCAACCUCCCCCUUUAGCAUCAAGGACAAAGAACCUCAUGGCCAAAGGGAGGCUGUGAUCAGGCCACAGCUGGCUGGGAAGAUCGACUUCAAGUCACUUCACAAUAGGCCAAAAUUGCUAAGUAAUGGCCCGUGGAGUGCUGGGAAGGGGACUCUCCAGUCUCCCACAGGGAAGAGCAGGGUCAGGGACAAGACCCGACGGUCUGGGAAAGGGGAGCGAGGCCAUCAGCAGCUCUACAGGCUCACCAUCGCCAACUCCCGAGCCAACCCCACCAUCGGCAUUGCUUACCCACAGCAGAAAGUCACCCCGCCAAAAAAGUUAGAGGCCAGCAAGAGACCUGCAUCAGGAAGCUACCGGUUCAACGUCCCCAGCAUUCCGGAGCGUGAGGCCGAGCUCCAGCAAGAAGAAGUCAGCUUCAACAGGUACUUCCAGGAGACUCCCUCCAGUCUUAUCCCCACCAACUAUACCUCACAGGCCCCAACCACCACACACCCACAUCACAGUAGGAAGGACCAGCAGCAGGUGGUUCCUCCACAAGACAGCCCCAGCCUGGGCAGGCCACCACACUAUCUGGAGUUCCAGGUAAACAGGGCUGACUCCUGGCCUUCCCCAGAGAAGAACUUCCCAGGUGCUAACUAUGACAUCACCCCCACCAAGUCAUGCCCCUUCCCCGAGGGCAGCAAAUCCAGCACCCACUGCUUUGUGCCAUUUCAGUAUCCAUUCCAGGUGUCCGAGCCUUUCCCUGUUGAAGCUACCAGCCAAGAGUAUGUGGGUGCUUCCCUGGCAGCUCACCACGGGGAAUUUGUCUUCCACUCUUCUUCAAGGGACUGGCAGAAAGACCCUCUGAACAAGGGCUCCUUUGACAGUUUGUCCCAAGAAGGCCGGGCCUAUUCACUCCCUUCACAUCUGGCUCCCUUUCUGCAUCCACAGACUCAAGGAGCGCUGCUUCCGUCACCUCUUCCCUGCUACAAGGGGCAUGGAGACCCUCCCCCUGACCUGAAUGGUGCUAUCUCUUCCUCUGGUGCUAACGACCAAAACCCAACUCCAUUCUUAGAAGGCCAAGGCAUUUUCUCAACAGGUUUACAUGGUAACAUGCCCAAAGCUGUCACAAAGAGGCAAGCCUCAGAAAAACACAGCGUCCCAAGCCCAAGGAUGCCAACGCCAAGUAACGCUCUUAGAAGGAACAUACCACAGAAUUCUCUCCCCCAAGUGCACUUUCCAAACAAAGUCUUUGGAGGUUCCCCAGCCAAUAGCAUGAGCCCAGCAUCCAUGCAUUUAGAUAAGGAUGGUUCCACAGUAACUGAGGGUCACUCCAAAGUGGCCCAGCCAUGGGAUGGAGGCAAUAAGACAUUUACUAGGAUAGACCCAAAUCCAGCACCUUAUUCCACCACCACCACCACCACUGCUGCUGCUGCUGCUGUUGCUGCUGCUGCUCCCGGUGUCGGGAAUCAGUUCUCCUUUGAAUGCCAGACUAGUUCUGAGCAGAGGCUCCAUGGUCAAAAAGGUGCCCGGGUAACGUGGCAGCAGAUUCAUCUCACCUCUGCCAUGCCUAGUCCAAACCGAAUUGAACCCUUGAGACAGUUGAGCGACCAAAAGGUUCCCUUCCCUCCAGGCACAUCUGAAUGGCAAGGAGUGGGCAAGAUGCCAAAGACGGCCCACCUGUCCAGUCCUCCGGGCUAUCCUGGGAAGAUCCAAGGGGCUGGUGAAAAGAGAAGCGAGCCCAUCCAGCUGAAUGGGGGUCUUACAGGUGUUUAUCCCUAUGAAGGGGUGAACGAAGCCAGCUCUCCUUCCUGUGAUGUCAGGACCAAACCCUUGUUCUUCGGGAUAAGCCAGCCACAGGCCUCCCCCAGAAGAGCUUCCAAGCUAUCUUUGGCCCUGCCCCCACCAGGAUUAGCAGCAACUUCUCCAGGGGAAUCCCCUCUGCCCUCUCCUGUUCCCAACCCCACAAGCAAUAGCACUUGUUCUUCUCUGUCACCCCUGUCCAACAGUCCGGUUAAUCAUAGCUCAGAAGAGAGUCAGCUCUCGGUCCCACUUGCCCCUUCCUCCUAUUUUCAGCCCCCCAUUCACCCAAAGGAGAACAACAAGACAUUCCACUCUGCAGACCCAUCAAACAACCUAUCCAUCCCUUAUCAACCUGAGACCAUGAAGGCAUUUCACUUCCCUGCAGAUGGACCAAAGGACGAGAACCUCUUUAAAUGCCUACAGGAGAGUCAGUUUCCCAGAGCGGUCACUGAUGUCAGCAAAGGAAGUUUGGACAGCUUUGAUGGAGAGCUGCCCCCCUAUUCCUCCCAUCAUUUCCUGGCUAACUCAAUCAGCAGUGCUAGCCUAGACCAGCUGGAUGUGCUGCUGACCUGCAAGCAAUGUGACCAGAACUACAGUAACCUCGCCUCCUUCCUGGAACACCGGCAGUAUUGCAGUUUACACUCAGCAUUCCUGGCUGAGAUGCGAGAUGGCUCGAGACCAGCUGAGGGCCGAAAGCGCCCUCCAGAGCCUCUGCGGGCUCCUCAGCCUGGCUCUGGGCUCCCGGGGCCAAAGGGCCCUUCCGAUCCCCACUCACAUUUGCUCGGCCCCAACAAACCUGCCGACUUCAUGUUAGACGGGGAGGGCAAGGGAGAAAGCAAAGAGGAUCCCUUGAAAGGAAACUUCUUUACCAAUUCCUUGUCUCUGAUGGCUUCCGACUUGGAAAUAGAGGACGCCAAGCUGGAUAGCCUGAUCACAGAGGCGCUGAAUGGCCUUGAGUACCAAUCAGACAACCCAGAGAUCGACAGCAGCUUUAUCGAUGUUUUCACCGACGAGGAGCUCUCGGCCACCAAAGGUCUGGGCAGUGGCCAAUCUCACAAGACCAAGGAAGGAGCAGGACCUGAGGGAAAGUCCAAGCAUAUGCCCCAAGACGGGGGGCAGAGGCCUCCACCCCCAACAGCCAGUCACUGUGAAGAAGGCUACCUGACCAGGCGCAGGAGCCAAAGCAGACUUGUGGGGCAACCGCCCCCUGAGAAAGAACAGACAAUCAAAGUGAGAGAACGGGGCAGGGGGAAGAGAGUCAGUCUCUACAGGAAAGAACUGACUCCCAGUGAUCCCCUGGGGACAGGAGGGAAUAACAAGGUGGGGAAAGCAAGCCGAGGGAGGCCAAGGAGGAAGUUCAGCAAGACAUCCUCCACCCCAACCCCCACAACGAGGCCCAGUUCAAGGGAACUAAGAAAACAGCCUCGAAGAAGCAGCCCUGAUUCAGAUCCCGAUGGCCAGGCCCAGCAUGGUACAGCUAACACACACCCGGGGCCCAGGAGUCCUAAGCGGCAUAGGUUCUCCAAGAAGGAAGGGAAGAGGAGGAAGGCCCAAAAUGGCACCUGGAGCAAAGAACUCAUUCAUAAAAUUGUACAGCAGAAAAAUAAGCCACAUAAACUACAAGUCAAGAACAACCGAAUCAUGCAGCUCUCCCUGGUGACUCCAAAGCCUGUCCCCGUGACCAAGAGUGGGCAGUUUGGGGAAUAUGAUUACAUCUCUGAUUCUGAUGAGGAAGGAAGAGAAUGUUCCCUAGGUGCCCUUGAGAAAAGGCAACUGGAAAAUUCCAACAUCAAUGGCAAGCCCAAACACAACUUUUUAAGACGAAACCGAGGAGAGAAGGAACUGGGCCAGAAACAGGAAGGAAAGAGAUAUCAGGAUUCCCAGGAGGAUCCAAGUGAUGAAACAGGGAAUAAGAAAGAGUGUGUGUCCCUGAGCCCAGAGGUUUGUCAGCCUUCCCCUGGGGAUGAUCAAAGCACUAAGCCAGCCAGCAAGAUAGAGAAGCAGCACCAAAGCACUGAGAAGAGAAAUUCUGACAAUGGAAAAGAAAAUGAGAUAAGGAGCCCAAGUGACUCUAUCCAUACUUUUCCUCUUCCAACAGGACUUCCACAGCUUCCCAGCCAUGAGGAAAGUCCAACUGAAAACUACCCAUUGCUAGAAGACUUUGCCAAAAAGAGAAAGAGACCUUGCUUGGCCAAAGCACUGUCAGCCAGAACCAAGCUCCUACCAAGUAGCAAGUCCAAUUUCUCACUGACCAAUGAUGUAAAUGAAAAUGGAAGUCCUAUGACUGAAGAAAAAACAAUGCAGAGCAAAGAAAGCAUAACCUCUAAACCCAGCCAGAUUGGAAGCAAUGAAAAGGCAGCCUCAAAAUCCAAGAUGGCAGGAUCCCAUGUUGACGUGGUGCUGCGGGAAGUCUCUGAAAGUCCAGUUCCAUCUACUUUGCAAGACACCACCCAUAACAUCGAGCCGCCAUUUUCUCCUUUCAGUGAGGACACCCUGAAAUACCAAACUGGAGAAUUAAUGAAUUCAUCCCAGGUUUCAACCUCGAUGGAUAUCAGCUACAGAGAAGCUAGCCUGGACUACUUAAAGAACCAUGACCCCAGUGAAGACCCUAAAGACUUUGCCAUACCCACUGGCUGUUAUAAUGGGGAUGCCAUUGGAAUUAUGCUCUCUGGCAAAGGGCACGAUUCUUAUGAGAGCACCACCGAUGAAACGUCCCCUGGGCAAAAGGAUUUAUCAGAUCAUUAUGACAGCAACCUGUAUUCGAAACCUUUAGUCUUGGGGCCAUCCCAUGUAGAAAACAUGUACCUGAGCCAGGAAGGAACCAGCUCAGAUGUCUUCGAGCCCGGAUCCUCCAAGAUUCCAUCCUACACAACAGAAUCUGAACCAGGCAAAGUCUCUCCCCCUCUGAGCUUUGAUUCAUCAUCUAUAUUCAGUAGCCUCCCAGUGGCUGGAUUUGAUACUCCUCUCUAUGGUGGCAUGUCUCCCAGCAAGGUCAGCUACAUCCCCUUUGCUUGUGAGAGCACCUCCCCAAGCAAACCUACUCAGCUUGAGCAACAGUACCCCCCAUUUCUCCAUGAAAAGGACUGGACUCUGGAAGAAGUGUCACCAGUCCUGUCUGAUGACAUGGGCCAUUUUCAUGACCUUUCUGUGGAAAAGUCAUUAGAAAAGAAAUUUCCUGAUGAAGGACGUGUGACUCCAAGCCAGAUCCCUUUGCCAGGAAAGAUGGGAGACUAUAGUGUACCUUUUAUGAAUAACAUGUCAGAAGAUGAGCUGGAAAUCAAGCGAUUGGUCACAGAACUGGAAAGUGAGCUUCAAACCAGCAAACUCGAUGAUGUAGCCCCUGGGGUCCUACAAUCUCCUGAGCACUUUAUUGCUUUGGAUGCACCUGAAACAGCGAAACCGUUCUCAACUUCACCUCUAGGGCAAGAAUCUGAGCGUGAGAAGCAUUUGUUUUUAACCCAUGAUCUUAGCAAUCUUGAGGAAACAAGUCUUAUGGCACCCAAAAGUCACAGUGGACCAGAUCCAGGCAAGGACAAAGAAGAAGUGGCCAGCAUGGAUAAAGACUAUGGAAGUCAUCAGGGAAGCUGGUCAUGCGCCAUAUCAUUUGAGCCACUGGCAACAAGCAUGUCCCCAAAUGCACAUGAACAUGCAGUCACUAUAGAUCCUUUUGGCUCCCCGUUGACCUGUGACCAGUUGCACCUCGAGCUCCAGGAAACUGAAAUUUCAAAACAGGCCAGCUGUUCUGAGAUAGAAAAUGAAUCCCUUGUUAGUGAUGACCCCUCCUUUGCCAAUGUAUCUGAAAAACUAGAGCCCUUAGCCUCUGCAGAGAGCUUGACAAAGAGUAGCCCCGUCAGAGAAUCUACGAGUUCUAAAAAUAGGGAGGUGAGCAAAAUGACUGAACAAGAUCCUCUGCAGCUUCUUCCAAGAAAAACUAUAGAAGAUGUGUUUCCAGAGCCACACGAGAUAGCUCCAACACUCAGUGAGCCACCUGAGCUGGAAACAUUUGGCAAUCCAGUUACCCAUUCAAAAUCUGAAAUGGGUUUUCGGGAUGAUAUAGUACCAGUCCUGAAUACCACCUCAUCUUCUGAUGCCAGAAAUGUCAACACCUCAGAGGAAAAUGCCUUAAAGAAAGCAAAUAGGGCAGAAUCUCCUAAGAGUGCAGUCAUUUCUCAUCACAGUGAAGAGGAGCCUAUCUUGGAGGGGAAUGAGGAAGCUGUGGCUUCAGUUUCUCAUCCAUCGAUGCCGAUCUGUGAGAAGACUGGCAACAAGAAAGCUUCAUUAUUUGAGGUGCUGAGUUUGGCCAAAGACCCAGUUUGUGGUGGUGAGACGGCACUGGCAUCCCAGGGUUCAACAGCAAAUCCCCUACAAGAACUUCAGCUCUUUGUAGCCAGGACAGUCCAAAAUAAUGAGGAAGAAAAAAUGCCCUCUUGCCUCACAGAACUUCUUUCUGCCAGUCUCCAGCUCCCAAGCACCAACCCUUCUGAUCUGAAAGGGGAAAAUCAGGAGGAUGAGGACAUGGCUUGUGACCACAAUAAUGAUGUCAGAGUCAUGGAAGGUGAGCAAACACCUCUUACCACCACAGUAGGAAUUCAGCUGUUCCCAGAGACAGGUGGAAAUCUGGAUUCACUCAGUGAAACAGAAUCAUUCCUUGCCAGUCAAUCCAAAGUGGGGAGCCCCGCAGCACAAAAUCAUGUAACCCAGCUGCAGCAAAGCCCAGAAUCAGAGGACCUUCAUAUCUGCCCACAUGAUAUCUCACAAGACACCAGUCCUUCCCCAUUCAGUACCACAUCUGACUCCCCAGUAGCUGAAUUGAUGAAAAGGGAAGGUCAACCCAACAGAGAGCUAGAGCAAGACCACAACAUAGCAACCUGGACAUUUAAAAGGUGCCAACGAUCCCCAUUAAGCCCUGCCUCUCUUGAGAAAGAAGAAUUGGGUGAUGCAAUUGCAGAAACAAGUGGCAAAGACAGUGCUUGGGGGAAGGAGGAGAAGCAGUUACCCUCUGCUGAGAAGAGUAAAAGGACCCCUGAUAAAUUCCCUGAUGAGCUAACAUUGCUGCCUGCUUAUCUCCCAAGUCCCAAGAACAUCUUGGAGAAGAACCACUGGAAAAACAAAACAAUUUCAGUAUCAUUUGCACAAGAAGCCAGUGUUUCUCCAAGACAGUGCCUACAGACCCCUUCCUCAGGGGAAGACUCAGUCCUUGGUCUUCCUUUACAGGCAACAGCUUCUGUCCAGGAACAUCUGCAAGGUGAUGGAGCUGAAAGCCUCCUUACUACUGUGGAUACUCAAUCUGAAAACAAUGAAUAUGGGGUCCUACCACACAAUCCAGAGAGGAAAUUAACUCCUUUGUCUUUGGAGAAAAGUAUCUAUGAUCCUGAGAAAAGUCUAGAAUGUUGCUCUGCACAGAACCCAGUAGAAAAGAACCCUGGGGAAGUUGCUCGUUCAACUCAGCCAGUAUUUGAGAACCAGAGCAUCACGGUCUCCCUUCCACAAGCUGCAGGUGGCAAUGACAGAUGCUGUCUGGAGGACGACAUUUUAAAUAGCCAAGUGGAGCCUGGAGAAGAGGACUCAAGGACCUCGCCUGCUCCCUUUAACCUCAGUCAUGCUACAUUAUCGCCCCUGAGAAAGAAUGCCUCCCAGAAAGCACCAACACGUGACUCCACCAUUUCCUACAUUCCACACCUGGGCCAGAAUGAUGUUGUCAGAAAGAUGCCCAUGAAAUGUGCCUGCAUGGAGUUGGCAUGCCCCCACCACAAGGAAAGCCAACCAAGAUCCCUCUCAGAUGUGACUCUCGAUGUCCACUCCCAAGAGGAAGGCAAAUCUUACCCAGAGGGUCCCACGGACUCUCUGAUUAGCAGAGAAGCUAAAGUAGAGCAAGACCCUAGCUCUCAACAAGAAGGAGAAGCUAGAAACAAUGAAGAGGGGACCUAUUCUGCAGCUAUGGGCCCUAAACUUACAAAGAUGCCUGAUACCAACAUUGGGGACCCAGAGAAUGUCCACCUUUUGACAGCAACAGAGGUGAGCUCUUUCAAUUCUGCCUCUCCGAGUGUGGACCCAAGAAAGGAUAGCUUAAGAACCAAUCCUUCCAAAAGCCACAGAAAUGAUCUGCCAGAACUGUCCAUUGGUGAUAUGCAAAACCAACUGGACCCCAUCCAGGAAAAGAGUAGAUAUAAACAGAAGCCCCCACCUUUGAGAAAUGGCCAGUGGAAACAAAGUCCCCCACAGCCAAAUGAACUACAAGUCACAUGUGAUAUCUGCUCCUUGUCCUUCAAAUCCAAACCUGGCUUGAUGAGACACAAAGCUGUGAAACAUCGGAUAAAGAAUCAUGGCCCCUCGUUGCCAAAUAAAACAACCAGAUCUAGUUCUGCUCCUUUGGAAAAGGGACCAAAAAUAUCAAGACAUCACUCUAAGAAAAGCCUCAGGGCCCUGACAGUGAAAGAGAAGGCAUGUGAUUCCUUCAUCCACAGCAGCCCUACAGGACCACCUCUGGAGAAUGAGCCCAACACCCAAAAACAUGAAGAGGUCAAUCCAGGGCUAAGUGACCUCAGGGCUGCAGCUCUACCACUGACCCAUGAACUCCUUCACUCAGACUUGGUGAAUGGCAAAGCAAAGAUGCAACCUGAGGCCCCGGAGCCUGGGAAAUCAGCCAAGUUAGAUAGGAGGAAACCCAGUCCUAAAAAAUUAGACAGGAGGCGAAAAGGUAGGAAGCGUCAAAGCAAAGAACCUGCAGACUUAAACAGUGAUUCAGAAGGGAAAUUAAUGACAGGAGUGAGAAAAAAGCAAGUGAAAAGAUUCCCAAGGAAAAAUCAAUGCACUAAGGCUUCUGAGUCGGAGAAGAAUAUUCUUGGAGUUUCAGCUGAUGGAAGUUUAGAUAGACCAGACUCAAGUUCAUCAUCUACCAUUGCCAAUUAUCCUGGGUAUCCAAGUAGUUCCCUCUCAACACCAGGAAAGGACUGGGCUUAUUCAGUCCAGCCAGCUCUCAGUGCUACACCAGUCCAUGAGACUCUCAAGAACUUGGAUGAAAUGGGCAAUCAGAUACUGUUCACAGAAGAGACAUGUGGCCAGAAGACCAUCAAUGAUCUGAUGAGCAGUCAAGGAAGAAUGGAGAACCUGUCUACAAGAGAUCAGAUCCAGGUUUCAGAGGAAUCCUGGGAAAACAAUUUCCUGAGGCCUGAAGAGGAAGGACUGUGCAACACUUACAAUGAGAUGCAUGAAGAUACUCGUGGUACAAACGUAGAGGAAUACAUAAUGGAAAAAAGGAAGUUAGAAGAAGGCUCAUUGGGAAAGCAUGAUUUCCUCUUGAAGCAGGCACCCUUAAGCCCUGCUAAGCCAGACCUGCCCUUAGGAACUUCAGAUGCAGAAAAAAGAAAAACCAUAACAACUAACAAUCUACCACAGGUCUUCUCAGAGGACACUGUAAUGGACUCAGAAGCCCAAAACAGGAACAAGGGAGAGCAGAGCAAAGAAACCUUUGCCAAAGAUCAGACCAAAGUGGACCUCCAGCACUUAUUUGAUGAUGAUGCCACAUUUUCUCUUCUCUUCCCAAGGGACGAUCACUUCUCCAGGAGGAAGUGCACCCGUGUUUAUGGAAAGGGGCCCAAGAAACCCAAACCAAUUAUAGAGGCCAGCAGCCAGGUGGUGGGAUCCCCAGAAAUAUUCUCCAUCCGCCUGCCAUCUGAUCUCAGCGACACUGACUCUUUCUGCGUUACCCAGGAAGACCCCUGUAAUUAUGAGUCCAUGUCUUUCCACGAUGCCUUCACAUUGGACAUGUGUCACGGGAAUGACACCUGGUCUCUGAGUCCUGGCAUAGGGGCUCAGAAGCCAGAUGGUGAAACAGACAGUGAUAACAAGAUGGGGCUCAACCUAGAAGAUGAUGAAAUGUUGACUUAUCUCUGCCCAAACAAUCGGUUGGAAGCCAUCCCCAGUUUGCACAUCUCACCAGCUGUUUGGAAUGACCUGGAAGUCCUGGAUCAUUGUAAUGAAAUGUCUUUCAAGUCACCUUUGGAAGCUAAGAAUGAGUAUUCUUUGGGAGAAGCGAGUCCUGGACCCCCAGAGCUGGAGGUAGAAACCUAUGCUGGCCAUAUCCACAGGAACCCAGGCUCCCCAGAACUUCAUCCCAUUGACAUUGAACUGCUGAGCACAAAGUUUGAAAUGAGAGACAUGCAUUUCUUUAGCACUUGUGAAGACUGUUCAGGCCAGUCUGACCCAAGCACUUUAAGUUUCAAGAAGCAGGUGAAUGAAUAUAUCCAACCUAACAAACAAAAAGAAGAGGAAGGGAAAAGGGGAAGAAGUCGGGGUGACCUGAUCAUCAAGACCAGGGAAAAGCACUACAAGUGUAAAGUAUGCUUCCAGUGGUUUCUCACCCUGGGAGAGUUGGACUUUCAUAAGCUCACACACAACCCAUCCCCUCCCCCAACAUGCUACAUGUGUGUCCAGCGGAAAUUCAGUUCCAGGGAACAGUUGAAGGAGCAUUUAAAAGGGAAACAUGCCAAGAACAAGGUAGGCCUUUGGGCCUGCGGCAUGUGCCUGAAGGAGAUCUCUGAUGUCUGGAUGUACAAUGAACAUCUACGAGAGCAUGCUGCUAAGUUCGCUCGGAAAGGACAGGUUCAGAAAUGCAUGACGGGGUUGCCCACCUGCUUUGGAGAGGAAGAUGCAGUUGCUCAGUUCCUGAACACCAUCAUGAAUCGGAAGCCCAGACCCUCCCGAGGCAAGCGCUCUGCUAGCAAAAGGAGCAAAGAUCCCAAAGCACAGGAGUCCAAAGGAAGUCAAGACAACAUGGAAGACGGUGGCAAGAACAAACCGUUGGCUCCAACCAACACUCCCUCCAACAGCAACUUCCCUGCCCCAAGUGCUGCCUCGUCCAGUUCUUCCAAAGUUGGGUCUCCUGAUCCCGGACAUAGUAGUGAGCACCCUUCCAAAGCAGUUCCCAUGCACCCCCAAUGCAAAGAUCCUUCCAGGGAUUGCCACCACUGUGGAAAGCAGUUCCCCAAGCCCUUUAAACUCCAGCGCCACCUGGUGGUGCACAGCCUUGAGAAGAUCUACAUGUGUACCCGAUGUCCCAAGUUCUACAAGGAGACCCGUGAGCUCCGUGGCCACCUGAGCCAGGAGCAUGGUGUGAAGGAAAAGCCAGAAAUUAAGCACACCACACUGUACACAUGUGAGCUCUGUGCUGAUGUAAUGCAUGUCAUCAAAAAGUCCUUCAUCUGCAGCACAUGCAAUUACACUUUCUCCAAGAAGGAACAGUAUGAACGGCACAUGGAGAAGCAUUUAGCAGAAGGGAACCGGACUUUCAAAUUCAGGGGGGUGAUGAGACCAGGUGCCGGGGCCAGGGAGGGAAAGGAGAAGAAGAAAAAGGAAGUCAGUUCCCAGGAGAGCAUGCCACCCAACAAAAAGAGAAAGGUGGCACUUCCCAACAGCCUUCCAGGACCAGAUGCAGAUGGGGCAUCAGACCCACUAGAUCACAUUGUUGGUACCAAUCCUCCCUUGGAUGACAAGCCUCCCCCAAUUCUAUACAAACCCUUUUUAGAAGAAGCACUCAGCUCCCCAGCAAGGUCAUCCACUGACGAAAAACCCAAGGACCUGAUGGAUUGCUUCUCCAACCACUUGGACAAAAUGGAAAGCUGUCCCCUUGAGCUCUUGCAGUUACCUCCGCCAUGCCUAUCCCCUCUCUCAGAUACCCCAGAAGAAUGCAAGGAAGGUAAUAGUACAGCAUUGCUAUGUGUAGAGGAUCCAAAAGAUGAUCUCCCUCCAACGAGCCCCACUCCUCUUCUAGAAACAAGCAAGCUGGAACAAGACCUGCCUAUACUUCCAAUUGGGAGGAGCAAAGAAUUUGAUGAAAACCUAGCACUUCACCUGGCUCCAGUGCAAAGCAAACACACAAAUACUCAAGAUAAACCAGUAGUGGAUGCUGACAAAGAGCUGCCUGACUAUCCCAAUUCACCAGGACACACAACAACUGAGACCCCUUUUGUCAGGACAGGGAAGAAAAUCCCCACAUCACACAGCAACAAGACAGAGGCUCCAUGGCCCAAAGAACCUCAGAAGGGCCCAGGCAGUGACCUCAGUGGAAUUCCAAUGUCCCAGAAGGAAAGUUCCUCCAAACUUGGUUCUCCUAAGACUCCCCAUCCUGCACAACCCCUCAAGGAUAGAACAGCAUCACCAAUUCUAAAUAGAGCCACCAAGGAUUCCGCUCCCCCGCCGAAAACAACAGUGAACCAUGUCCCCAGAGAGACAGCCUCCAGUACCCCCUGUACUGAGGAUGUACCAAGGCCCACCACCCUGAAAACCAAGCCCAACCAGAGUCCUCGGUCUAAGGACAGUGUUGGGAGCAGUGUCAAAGAUGGAGGCAGUAGCCAACCAAAGCCCACCAGUGCCCAUCUCAGAAGUGAGACAGCAAUGAUCUCAACUAAGCCGGACCACAAAGACCUUGGCAUAUCCCCUGACAAGCCAGCUAUGAGCAUCUCCACCAAAGGAUUCUCUAAGAGACAAAAAGAACACAGGGGCUUGGGGCACAAAGGGAGCUUAGGCUCUAGAGAGAACAUCAAGGGUGAUGGGAAGAAGAAGAAAGUUCCAGAGACGGGUAGGGGUGAAGGCCCAAGGGACUAUAAAAGAGCAGAGUGGACAACCCGUAAUAAUAACUCCCUCCCAUCCUCUAGGAGGCGUGCAACUCAGGACAACAGAAUCUCCAAACCCAGACCAUCAGGGACAAGCAGUCAGCUCAAGAAAACUGUGCCUGACCCUUAUAAUCAGAAGAAGGUAGAAACUCACCACCACAAAAGGAAUGCCAAAUGCAAGAAAGGGAUCUUGGGGAAAUCUUUCCGGGAGGUGGUACCCAAAGGAACUCCCUCAUCCCUCCACAGUACUCUAAAGAGAAAUAGAACUGUCCAGGGUGCUAAACCGGCUGAGACUCACAAGCAUAGGACAGUUGAAUCCCAAAACAAUCUUCUAAGCCAACUGUUUGGCCAAAAAUUAACUAGCUUUAAAAUUCCUUUAAGAAGAGAUACUUCUGAGUAAUUUAUGAACGUGACUUGUGCUGAUCUUCAGCUGCCAUUGAAGGGUUGGUGAGGGGGAAAUGAUCAAAGCAUUACAUCCAUUUGCGUAGCAUGGUUUCUCUGUCUAGCUUAAAUGAACUUGCACUGCUAUCUCUGUGAAAUAGUUUGCUUUGUGUCUACUAAUCUUUUUUUUUAAUUCACCUGAUUUAUCAUGCAAAUGCUGGGACUUUGAUGUCGCCAAUGAUUUUCAUGAACUAAAAUUGUAAUCGCUUUGGGCAGCCUGAAUUGUCAAGAGCAAUUCCUUUCUUGCAGAAGUGCUGAGGUUACAAGGGUACAGGCCAAUCUUGGCUCCCUUGGAGACUGUGUCUGUGUUAUCUUUAUACAAAGUACUUGAAGAGAUGAACUUCAUUCCAUGUGCGUCUUAUUCAUAAGGUGCAGAACACUGUAGAAAGCAAACGUUCAACGAUUUUGCACAAAUUAUCCUGUACAAUUCAUCUAAUUAGAAACUGACAAAGCAGUAUGUUUUUAUUAUUGUUGUUGUUAUUAUUGUUAUUAAAACUACAACGCCCAGCCCUGUCAAUGAAAUUGGAGGGGGAGGUGCAGAGCUUUCUGUUUAAAAUAGUCAUUCCCAAGGGAUUCCUUCCCUGCAUAGCAAAGUUAUCCCAGUCUAGCCUUGACAUUGUGUGGGCCCUCUCAUUUCAGACAGCGGUACCAUUAUUUGACCACUGUAAAAGCUGUCAAUGGGACAUGAUGGGAAAUGCCAGUUGACUAAAACCGCACCUUGAAAUUUGUGACGAACUUUUUUCCAUGGAAAAUGGAGAGAACUGGGCUCACUUGCCACCACUGACUGGUGCUGUCUCCACAGUCCCUGAAAGCACCGAUUUGAACCUCUCUCACUGUAUAUGCUCUAAGCAUCAGCUCUCUGUCUAUGCAGUUCCCGGUGCUAUUUUCAUUUUUUUAAAUGUGAAUACAGACUUCCUUGAUUUAAAAGCAAAAGAAAGUGGUGGGGAGGAAGAGGAGGGGUCCAAGAGUGACCAGUGGGACACUACUUUGGCAUGUAUCAAAGGGAAGUGAGAGAGACUGAUGAGAUACCAGAGAAUGUCCCAUUGUACUGGUCUCUCCGCCACAUCACGAUCACUUAAGGUUCUGUCAUAUUGUGCAGAGGAGACCACCCAGACUCUGCAGUCUGCAAGAAAAACUCAGGUGCAAAGCAGCCCAUGAAAGAAAUGACUAGACCAAGGACUGCUUUCCCCGAGCUCCCAGAUCAAGGAGGUGUAUUUAUGCACUGACACAAUACGGAGUAGUUGGCGCCUGGCCUUUUUAAAGAUUUAAAAAGAGAAGGGGAAAAAAGAAGCGUUAUUCUGUUCAUGUGUAUCUUUAAGAUUCAUUGUAAUGUAUUAAAAAUUUUACCUUGGGUGCAAUGUCUAUGUCAAAAGUUUUUAUUUUGAUAUUUUGUCAAAGAGAGCAAACUGAGCAAAAGUUGCCUUUUAUGAUGUAUGUGUGCUAUCAAAAGUGCCUGUUUAAUAUUGUUAAAUAAAGUAUGAGAUGGAACUAGGAGGUUGUCCUGGAAAACACACCCACACACAUCCCCCAACACAAGAUCUAUAGCUCUCAGCCUGCAAACA